ACCCAGCCUAAGCAAGAUCGGUUUCGUCAAUGCUCUUGAAUGGACGUCUGAUGUUGACAGCAUAAAUUCAAGCCAGCGUUUCCAUCCCAGGAAGACGUGCAAAGAAGUGUGGUUCUACUUCUUGACCCUGGAAUUCUACCAAUUACUAUUUAUCAAAGGUGAAACAUAAGAAGAAGCUGAACGGAAAAGAGUCGUCCAAAUCAUUCUUAGGACUUCCUUCCACCCAAACACAUCAAACGUAAUCGAUUUCGCUAACCAAAUGGCUUCAUACCUUGUUAUUGGUUUAAUUCUCGGCUUGACUUUGACCAAUGUUUUGGCUACCGAGUUCAGUUAUAAAGAUGUCGAAAAAUGGGCUCAAGACUUCAAGGAAUGUGGAGGAAGUUCCCAAUCGCCCAUAGACAUUAAGCUCACCGACGUGGUUAAGGACAAUUUUGCUCGUGCGAUUAAAUUCUCCCAGGCAUACAAUCGAGUAAUUCAUGGCAGAAUUUCGAAUAAUGGUCACGCAGUGCAAUUGGACUUUUCUGAAGAGCAACGAAAAGACAUGACAAUAUCCUGCGGGCCAUUCGGGGCGGAUCAGUAUAGGUUUCUUCAAUUGCAUUUCCAUUGGGGAGCCAACGAUUCGAGUGGAUCGGAACAUACUUUUGGUCAAGUUCGGUUCCCAGCGGAAAUGCAUUGGGUUCAUUAUAAUAUGAAAUAUGGUUCGCCCUCCGAAGCCAUCCUACAAAAAGAUGGCUUGGCCGUUUUGGGCUUUAUGGUUGAUGUGGACAACGGUAUGUUCAAUCCGGACUUUGAAGUAAUUUCUUCAGCCGUUCCCAAACUGGGGAAAGCUGGGUCCACAGCUGAUAUUGAACUGAACAUCUUUGACCUUUGGACUGAAAACCCCCUACCACUUGGAAGUUAUUACUCUUAUGCAGGGUCUUUGACCACCCCGGCUUGUUCUGAAGUUGUGACUUGGGUGGUUUUUACUGUGCCUGUGGUCAUUCCUCCGAAAGGGCUCCUGCCUUUCCGAGAUCUUGUGGAUUCCGAGGGUGAUCCCAUGGUCGACAAUUUUAGACCAAUCCAACCAUUGAAUGGGAGAAAAGUUUCUUCUGUCAAGGGUCAUUAAACCCGUUGGAACAAAAGGGUUCAUUCGUAUUAACUAGAUGACACUUUGUCGAUUACUUUAUGAAUUUUACGUCAACAGGAGUAAUGAAUUCACAAUGUCUCGUU